AUGAUUCCCUCUGACUUGCCGUUUUCUUUCAAACGGCUUCAAUUCCCGGUUAAAGUUUCUUUUGCCAUUACCAUAAACAAAGCACAAGGUCAAACAUUCAAUAUACCUGAUAGCAGUUCAGACUCUGAAUGGUCUGAUGAUGAAGAUUUAUAUACACCUAUAUCUCAACAAGACGGAUGUUUGGUUUCUGACACUGAUGAAGAUUCUAUUGAUCCUAAUGAAAAUUAUUUAGUCAUUCCUGCAUCUGAUGAAGAAAUUAACACUGAAGAUGAAGAUGAUAUACCUCUUUCCAUAAGGUAUGAUAGGUUAAUGUCCAAAAGAUCAUUAAAAAAAAAAGAAACAAAACCAGUUUGGGUAGAGGAACAUCUUAUAACACCUCCAGAAUCAACAAUGUUUACUGGUGAUAUUAAUCUGCCAGAAAAUAUUAUGUGCCUUACAGAUCCAUAUCAGUUUUUUAGUUUUUUAUUUCCACCAACACUUAUAAAAUACAUUACUGAUCAAACUAAUCUAUAUGCAUCUCAAAUUAGUCCUAAUAAAUUACCAAUGAUCUGUGCAAAAGAAAUAGAACAAUUUAUUGGUUUAUGCUUAAAAAUGUCAGUUGUUAAACUUCCAACUGUACGUCACUAUUGGGGAAAUUUGGGCAUUCCUUCAAUAUAUAAUGUAAUGUCUGUAAAUAGAUUUGAAGAAAUUAAACGUUUUAUUCAUUUCAAUGAUAAUAGUCAAUUACCAGCAAGAGGUGAUUAUAAUUAUGAUAAAUUAUUCAAAGUCAGGCCUUUAUGUUCUCAAGUUCAAAAUAUUAUAAGAAGCAUACCCAAGGAAGAACAUUUAGCAGUAGAUGAACAAAUAAUCCCUACCAAGAGUAGAACAUCACUCAAACAAUAUAAUCCAAAAAAGCCUCAUAAAUGGGGGUACAAAGUUUUUGUUUUGAGUGGUAAAUCAGGUUUCUGUUAUGACUUUGAUAUUUUUGCUGGGGCUCAAAGUAAUGUGGUACCUGAAUCAUGCCCAAAUUUAUCUGCUAGUAGUAAUGUAGUUAUUAGAAUGAGUUACUUCAUACCAAAGCAUUGUAAUUAUAAAAUUUUUUUUGAUAAUUGGUUCACUUCUAUACCUUUAUUAGUAUAUUUGCAUAAGGAGGGUAUUUUACCUUUAGGUACUGCAAGAUUAAAUAGACUAACAGGUUUGAAAAUGCCAAAAGAAAAAGAACUAAGAAAAAAAGGACGUGGAACUUUUUGUGAGAUGGUAACUAAUGUUGAUGAAAUUAAAAUUACUGCUGUGAGUUGGUUGGAUAAUAAAGUUGUGAAUAUGGUUUCAACAUAUGCUGGGAGUCAACCGGUUAUGGAAAAAAAACGGUUUUUUAAAUCAGAAAACAUUCACAAGGUUAUCUCUUGUCCCAAUUCAGUGGGUAUUUAUAAUUCAUACAUGGGAGGUGUUGAUCUUAUUGAUUCAAUGUUAGGAUAUUAUAGAAUUCCAUUAAGAUCUAAGAAAUAUUAUAUGAAGAUAUUUUACCAUAUAAUAGAUCUAUGUGUUGUCAAUGCUUGGUUAUUAUACAGACGGGUUAAUAACAAUAAUGAAUCUUACCUACCCUUAGUGGAUUUUAAAAUUUUAAUUUCUGAAGUUCUUUGUGAGGUGAAAAGAACUACUCCAAAGAGAAAAGGCCGUCCAACUGCUGAAGAAAACAGAACACAAGGGCUCAUAGAAACAAAAAAAAAAAGAGGGCCAUGUUCAGAACUUCCUGCUGAAGAUGUACGUUUGGAUGGUAUGGAUCAUUAUCCCAUUCAUGAAAAUAGAAAUCGCUGCAAAUAUCCUACUUGUUCACAAAAAACUAUGAUCUCAUCUGCUAACCACAUUAUUGUAGUUAAGUAUUCCAAAAACUUUGUGAUACAUAAAGCAUAA